UUAAAUUUUCUUAUUAAAUAAUAAUUCCACUGUGUUUAUCACGCUUACCUAUAAACAGAAAAUUACAUUUAUUGACAAGUUACCAAUACGACAUACAAUUAAAUCGGACAACAAACUGUAUAACGUAGGAAGUAAACGGAAUAGCCACAACAGCCUCAGAACUUGGCCUCGCCCAAUAGCAAACAUUUCGGUUUAGGUGAAUCGUGUGGAAAGUGUUCAGAUUGUUGAUAGAACAGCGACAAGAAUUCACCGGAGUUUUGUUAGACGUGCGCGAGACUCUCUUAGUGGUAGGCAAGGUUGAAGAUGCCUGGCCUGUCGCAGCGAGACAUGAAUGGAUUUGGAGACUACGACCGAGGCCCAAUGAGAGGAACACAAAUGGCAAAUGGCUAUGAUCCUUACAGCAGAGAAGGCAAUCCUUACAGCAGAGAAGGCAAUCCUUACAGCAGAGAAGGCAGGGAUGAAUACAUUUAUUCCAGGGAAGAUCCAUACCGACGGGAGGAGCCUGACCUCUACAGAAAAGUAGAAAAAAAUGGGCGAGCGUUUAAUGACAGAUUUAGCUAUCCUGAAGAUCAAAAUGGUUCGCCAGAAUUUCGAAGCAACGAUCCUUGUUUUGAGCUGGAUCACUUGGCUACCUUUGCUGCCAGUACUAGAUAUGGGUAUAUUCACGCUGAAGAUGGCUUGCGGAAGUUACGACAGAUGGAGAACACGACAGGGAUCUGGACAAUGAGGUGUCUUCUCACCUGCGACAGGAAACAGGUCACCAUCAUCGACAACAGCACAGGGGAAGAAAUUGAAAAAUUUCCAAUCCAGCUGAUUCACGAACCGACGGCAAUAUUUAAAAAUGACAAGCGCGAGAUCUACAACAACUUGAUACUGUUCACAGUUAUUGAAGAUCCCAAACGAAAAGGCUCGCAGGCUGAUAUGCACAUAUUCCAGAGUGUGAAAUGUCGAGCUCAAGAUAUUGUAGAUGAAUUGCUUGCUUGUAAAAGUGGACAGCCACGACCCAGUUCUUCCACUCAGGGGAUCCCCCCACCUCCGACACUUCCACCACCCAACCCACCACGUGAUUCCAUGUACCAGUUCAAUGACAUCAGAGAAACGUUAGUGGAGACUCGCCAUGCACCACAGUAUGGAGCAUCCACCCGAGCCAGUAUGAUUGCCAGGCCGCCGUUCCUCAGCAACAGGGGAGACUUCGAGUCGGGGCAGAAUGAUCUCCUCGAGAGGGACGUGCAAUUACUGAAUCACUGUUUUGAUGAUGUAGAGAAGUUUGUAGCCAGGUUACAGCAAGCGGCAGAAUCCUACAAAGAGCUGGAGAAGAGAAGAAAAGAAAGAGGAAACAAGGCAAAGAAAAAACAUUCAGAUGGAAUGCUGAGUGCUCGAGCCAAACCCCCGCCGGCCAGUGAUUUUGUGGAUAUAUUUCAAAAAUUUAAACUUGCUUUUAACUUGCUGGCAAAGCUUAAGGCCCAUAUUCAUGACCCGAAUGCACCAGAGUUGGUUCAUUUCCUCUUCACUCCACUGAGCUUGAUCUUCGAGGCGAGCCGAGAUCCGGUUCACGGCAACCAGAACCUGGCGGAGCAGGCCUUCGUCCCUCUUAUCAACAACGACGCCAAGCAGCUGCUCCUCAACUGUCUGACGUCCAAGGAAAUCGAGCUGUGGCAGGCGCUUGGAAAAAACUGGACAAUUACACGGGAAGAGACUGGCGGGCCGCUUUCUGUGUAUGUGCCACGCUUUUACGAUGGCUGGCAACCAGCGCCAAGCAUAAUUGAUGAUGGACCUCAGGUUCAGGGUCAGGUUCAGGUUCAGGUUCCCUUGGAAACGGCCGUUCUGCACCAUUCACAACAGAUCCGCAGUCGAGCCCAGGAGCAGGAAGCUAGGGACAUGGUAGCCGACAUGCCACCUCGACGUAUGAUGCCCUUCGUGCCAGACGAGACAGAGGAGUUCCGAUAUGGCCGUCAAGACGAUGAAAUGAUCAGUUCGAGUCAGUUCAACUCACGGCCGAGUCACUUCGACUCACGGCCGAGUCCACAGACAGUGGGUGUUCCCAUGGGAGCCCUGGGGAACUCGCGAGUCGCAGGCUACCAGGAACACGUGGAACAGCACAUAGAUAGGACUUACGAGGCUAACAACAUAAAGAGCAGCAGAAGAGUAGAUCAGCCGUCGGUUCCGAUGCCGCUGCAGCCUCGGUCUCGCGGUGAGGAGAACCAGGCCUACUACCAGGAACUGAAACGAAUGGGAGUGCAGAUUUGUGAGGUGCAGCAUGACAGAGCGGGUAAAAAUACCAAAGAAUUAUCUGUUGUUAAGGGAGACAUUCUACACGUUGUGGACAACUCUCGGAACUGGUGGAAAGUUCGGAACUACAAGGGAGAAAUGGGUCACUGCCCGUACACGAUACUGAGAGAUCUCGACAAAGGCAGCAGUGACGACAGGGACUCACCGCGCGAACAACUUACAGGCGGUUACAACAACUUCACCAACUUGGACAACGGUCGACCCUUACCCCCACAACCCCCUCCAGUUCCAGAUUUUGGGGGUAAUCGCAAAGUUUCAAAGAGAGAUGAUUCAGCCGAUGCAUACACACAAAAUGUAUCGGCCCCUGCACUUCCCAGCCGGCCACCUCCAAAUCGGGACCGGUCCUCCCCCAGAACACCACCCAAACCCUCCCAGUCUGCCGUGAAGGAGAAUCAACCAAUCAAAAUAUCUCAGCGGAAUCCACCCGACAGGUUUGAAAAUUCCAAGCCGGCGUCCGCUUUCAGCAAAAGUGUGGUGAAGAAAAGAGUGAGCCACACCUCAGCAUUCAGCGAGUCUCCGAUAGAACCCAGUGAGCACAGACUGUACCAGCGUAAUCGCUCCAUCUACAGGAAAGAAAGUCUGCUGAAAUCAAAAGACCCCAAAGAGAAGACACGAGAAGAUGAACUCCAUGAAGAGUUGAGAAUGAAGGUUGCUCACGGUCCACAGACAAAGGUUUCCUACCGCCCGGUUUACAUCACGGAACACUCCACGCCGGAGGAGGUCCAUGAGUGGCUGCUGUCCAAGAACUUGUCUCCAUUCUGUGUUCAGACAUUUGAAGGGUACAGUGGCCAUGACAUGUUUCAUCUAGUCCGGAAGGAAAUGGAUCGUUUGAUUGGUCGAGAAAUGGCAGCCAAGCUGGAGAGUCAUUUGACAGUUCAGAAAAACAUGUGUGGUUUUGGUACUGUAGGAGGCUCAGAACUGCGAGCUAUUCUGCAGCGCAGGAAGGAGCAUGCGGACUGGGGGAGUGAGGAGGAGGCUCACAUGGGACACCCACCUGAUUUCCGACCAAUCACGCCACAGCAUACUUUAGACAGCAGUGAUGGUUCAGAAGAUUCUGCUGAUCAUCUAGCUGACACGGGAAAAACCCUACGUGACCUACUUAUUCGACAGCGCAAGAGGAUUAUGGGAAACAAUGUGUUUGAUCAAUCUCCAGAUUAUAAUUACUAGAUUCAGUUUGUUUUCCACAGUAUUAUUUUACACACAUGGAACUGAAAACUUUAUUGCUACCCGUAAUAUUAAUUGCCAUUCACACUAGUAAUAAACAUUUUAUGGAUUUUAUUUGAACUUUAAACAAAUUUCCCAAACUUUUUUUUAUAAGCUUUUAAGGUAGUGAAUGAACAUUAAUUUAAUGACCAAUGGCUAGAAUGGGAGAUCAUUCACGUUGGUGUAAAUUGAAGAGAAAACAAAUCUACACAAACUGAGGCAUAGUAAAUUUCCAGGUAUGAUCUUGGUAAUGAAUAACAGUUUUGAAAGUGCCAUGUCUAUAUUCCAAAGAUCUGCUACCCCAAAGGUUUUAAUCUAGAUUGAAUAUAUAGAUGUUGUAUAUACAAUAUUUACAAUAAAUAGUCCAAACCAUGCCCUAUUGCAUAAAUACAAAGAACAAUAAAAUUGCCAUAAACUGGAGGACAACAUUUAUGACAUACAUUAUUGACAGAUGUAUAGUGGCCAGUCACUGGAAUACAUGUAGCUUUAGGAAUAGCAAGAUGUUCCCAUUUUGAAAACAACAAACAAUAAUGUAUAGGUAAAGUUUACUUAUGUUUAAGAUGUUUACCAAAUCACAAAAUGUGUAUUAAAACUGAAUUUAUUAAAUAUAAUUAACAGAUUUUAAUUUUUUUUAAAAACCAGGAAAAUUAAAAAUCACACUUCAGAAAAAUGUCUAGGGGAAAAUCACACUCCUCAGAAUAAAUGGAGUUAGAGGGGAAUGUGUGGUUAGUUCACCCCUCAAUUUAAAUUUGAGGGCACAAUCAUGUUUCACCCCUCAUUAACGAAGGUGUGAAUUCAUGUACUUAAAACACACCUAAUUCUAAACAAUACAUAUUUAAUGAGCCUAAUUAACAUUCUAUAAGCAUAAUUAAAAUAUUUAAUGAAAAUUAUGUUGUUAUAUUAUGUUUAGAUAAAAUGAUAAUUGAUGUUCAAAUUAAUCCCUAAAAUACUUAACAAUAAAAAAUGUUCUAAUACAUAUUUUUUUUUAGAAUGAGGGGCUAAAAUGAAGUGGCUUCUUUUUUGUUAUUAUAAUACAUAUAAUUUGUUUUAAAGUAUGGUAUUGAUAGAACAUUUGAUGUGGUUACAUUGAAAUGGUUCAACCAUGGGGUUUUUUGUUGUUGUUUUUAGCUUUUUAUCUGAUUUUAACUCCUUGAUUUGAUUUUUUUUGCAUAAAAUAAUUCUUACAGUGUUGACUGAAUUUGAUCUGAAAUGCUGAAAUAUGAUCUUUAUUUAUCUAUUGUAGUUUUCAGCUUUUCAAAGAUCAAUUCAGCUUUUACUUUUUAAUGUGCAAAUGCCAAGAAAACAGUCUAGCAAUGAAGAUCACUUCAAAGAGGCUGUUGACAAUGUUUACAGCCCUGUUGGAGAGAACACUGUGAUAUAUCCCAUUUGUGUGAUAUUGUUUUAAUUAUGUCUGAUUGGCUGCUCCAGUGAAAUACCAACAUAUUAUAAUCCAAUGAAAUCAGCACUGCUGAAACCCUGUGAUGUAUGUAGAGAAUAACAGGUUAAUCACAUAUGUUAGAAUUAUUGGGUUUAUUCUGUGAAGGUAAGAAUGAAAAACGUACGGCUUGCCAAACAGAAUUCCCCAUUCUGAACAGGAUAAAACUGAUAACCUAAUACAUAAUAAUCUGAGGAAAUCAUCUUUCUUCCUAACUUUUGACUUGCACUUGAAAGCUAAACAAGCAAGUAUGACAUACAAAAUUCUUGAUUUAUAAUACAUGUAUACAUAUAAAAUGAAUUAAUCAUAUUUUUGUUGUGUUCUUAGCAAGAAGUCCAGUAGUCCUGUACCGAUAAUCAGAAAAAUAUACAACUCAUUCCUUAAUUGAUGUUAACUUCAUUUUCAAGCUAGAUCCAAUUACGGUUCAAGCACAUUGUCCUGGGUUCACACCUCAGUGAUCUGGGCUGCCAAUUCAAGACAGAGGGUUAGUUGUUACUUGUUGGCGAGAGUGUCAGUAUAGUGGUGUUAUACACCUCCCCAGUGAAGCUCACUGUUAACUGGUUAGUACCAAGAUACGAACCCAGAACUUGUCAGCUUUAAUACCAAUGGCUUAACCACUACACCUUUGGCAUAACUGAGGGAGGGGGUCAUGGCUUCCCAAAGCAAACCUCAUUUUCCUUAGUACCUUUUAUAUUUUCCUUCCAUGAGUUAACAGAUUCAUAAACUGUGUUAGUGCAUAACACACCUCCCCCCCCCCCCCCCAAAUGUGUGUGGUCCUCCCCAUAAAAAAAUGUACACCAAUAGAGGCUGGUAAAUUUUAUUUUCACAAGACUAGAAAAUAAUCAAACCCACUUAUUUCUACAAAACACAUUCCUAAUCUGGCAUAAUUUUACCAUAUUAAUUAAUGAUUUUGGUGAAAUAAAAGUUAAAAGUCUGAUAGUUUGUAGGCCUGUAUAGUAAGACAGUGUGUGGAUUGGUAGGUUUGAGGCAUCUAAUGGGCAUGGGGAAAUGUGCUCCAAUAAAACUCUGAUCUUUGAUGACCAAAAAAACCUAGCAAUUUUCCAGUAUCUGGAAAACAACUAGCAUACUGGUAGUUUGAGAUCACAAUUCUUGGCUAUUUUAAAGGUUACUGUUUUUACUUUUAUAAAUUUAUAAUAGGAGAAAGAGAUAAAUCUUAUUGUCGUGAUAUAGGGCACAUUAAGGCCCCCUCUCCAGCCCUUCAGUUUCCUUGGUCUGUAGGUACUGUCUGAAAGCCUUGAGGCAUGGGCUGCAGAACAGUGGACAAGAUGUGGGGGUCAUGUUCUCCCCCACUUUUCUCAGUUACUGUUCACAGAAGGCUGUAAAUGCCAUAUUUGAAAACAUAAUAUUUAAAAUGUUCUCAUAGGAGCAUACCCUAAAACCACUUUGGGCCCUCCAAUUUCCAAUCUAGAUCAUCCCACUAACAGUGACACCCCCCCCCCCCCCCCUCCCACACACACUUUUAAUUACACCUCAUGGGCCCUGUGUGGGGUGGACUAUGACUAUGAACUACAGUAUUUUAACAUGCCCCUAAGGUUUCAGGCAUGUCCAUCACGGGAUAGCCAGGGACUUGACCUGAGACAGAAAAUAAAACUGAGGGGUGCAGGUGUCCUCCAAAUUGUGUGCUGACUGUAUUGCCAAUAUUAUUGUGUACAUUAAAGCUAAUUAAAUAUAUAAGAUGUAUAUAAUAAUGUAUUAAUAUGUAUAUAUUAUUAUUAAUAUAAUUAAUAAUAUUUAAUGUUAUUGUAGAAUGCAAUCACUUAAUAUAAUUAUGCAUUAUAGUAUGCAAAAACAGGGGUGGCACAGUGUAAAAAAAUAGUGGUACGGCUCAUGGUUGCCAGAUUCUAGUUUCAAAUGACUUGUAAGGACAUUUUCACAGAUGUAGCAAAUAUACCCCACACACACAAAAGUGGUACGGCCAUGGCCGUACUAGCCCGUACUAGCCGUACCAUCUGUGCCACCCCUGAAAUAUGUAUAAAAUGAAAUAUUUUAAAAUAAUUAGUUUUCAUAACUCAGGUGAUCAGUGGUUAUAGGAGAGAUGUUGUAAUAGCAACGUACAUGUAAGACUUAAUGUGUAAUAUAUCUGUUAAGUUGUUCACUACUGCUGGUCAGUUGUAGAGAAUUUUGAAGAGCCUUCCAGAUUUUACCACCUAGAAUUAAUGCAUCUAUGUGCCAGUGGAAUAUACUGUUCGCAUUUUGUUUUAAAGCAAUACAGGUACAUGUUGUAUAACUUUAUAGCUAAUCUGAAUGACAAAACCGUAAUACAUGAUUAAGGCUCCAUGCCACGAAACAAUCUUAGCAUUAAGAUCACCUUAGGUGCAUAACUACCUUAUGCACUUAAAGUGAUCUUAGUGCUAAGAUUGCUUCACUGAACAGGGACCUGGGACAUAUAUCUCUGCACAGUUCAUAAUCGAAUGGGCAUUUGGCAAAAUAGUCGAUUCCAUGAAGCUCUAUCUAAUGCCUUGUCUUUGAGAGGGUAAAAUAAGGAAGUCUUUCCAGAAUGUUAAAAGGUCUUGUGUUUGGGAGCACUGAUCUUGGCAAAGAUUGCUGUACAGUUCAUUGUUGUUUGUGGGUCUGGUGAUGAGUCUGGUGAUGGGUCUGGUGAUGGGUCAGAGGCAUGUUGCCAUGAGUUUUGGAAUUCUACAGACUCUUAAACACAUCAUAGUAGAUUCUAAAUCAACCUUUCUUUUAUCUAAGAGAGGAGUGAUGUCCAAAAAAAACAACAACAAAAAACCUGUAUAUAAAUAAAAAAAAUAUUACAUAAUAAUAAAGGACUCUUAAUAGCCAACAAUGAACACUUUUAUUUUUGCACAUGGGACAAAAGUUUGAAGUGGGCGGAAGUUGGAAUAAAAAUUUAGUAAAAGGUGAAAAAGCCUAAGUCCUACGGAGAAUAACCUGCAUCCUAACUAUGUCCAGACUAAGAAAUUAAAACCAAAAAUAUUUUUGAGUGCUCGGCCUAAAAGGUUUUAAGGUGAUUUGAGCAAUUGAGUGGGCGCCAAAGUAAAGUGCAUUGGACUAUUUAUAAAAAAAUAAACAUAAAAAUUUUGUUUUGCGGCCAAACCAUUUUAAGUCCAACUAAGCCCAAAAAGGAGGUUACCUGUCCUAGGUAAGGUUGGGUUCUACUUUGGGAGGCUGGAGAUUCCCGGAGUGACAGCACCAGAUGUUGUCGUUGACGUAGAGUCCGAACCACUGUGGAAUAGCCGGGGCCACAGACUGCACUAAUCAUCUUGUGCAUAAAUCUGUUGUCGAUCUUCGCAAACAAGAUGCACUGCCUGAAGAUCUGUUCCAUCUUGUGCGUAACGAUGGUUCCAUGUAUGCCGCUAAAGACUUGGUUAUGUGUAGUUCGUAGUGGCAAAACACUUUUUACUUGUUACUGGGAAUACAAAGUAUACAGUGAAAUAGAUUUAAACUCUAUAGCUCGAAGUUAAUACUUUUAUUAUAAAGUUAACCUUUACAGCUGGUUACAUCAUUGAUCAAUAUGCUUAUCUAUUUGACAGAAACUGCUUGCUGAGCUAAAUGAUUGAAUCCCAAUGUGUUGGAGUUAAAGGAAAAUACCUGUUGAUUCAGGAAAAUGUAACAGUCAUUUAUCAAUCAUAUAUUUACCAACAGUCCCGGUGUCACAUUGAGGCAAUUUUAUGAUUUGAAUACUUGUACAACAGAGUGUAUAACAUGAAUAUUUAAUUAUAUUUAUUGUUAAUAUUUUUGUUUUAAUUAUCACACUAAUAUUCUUGCAUAAUACACAUAAUUAUAAUAAUUAUGUAACAAGCACUUGUUAAAUUUAAUACAUGUACUAAUAAAACAUUAAAAAGUUUGUUUUUG